AUGGGAUACCAAUACUACCACUAUGAUCCAUCAUCAGGCGCGGCAGUUAGCUUUGCUGCUGUCUUUGGCCUAACGACGGUUAUACACAUUUGGCAGAUGAUUCGGACGAGGACAUGGUACUUGACACCAUUUGUUAUUGGUGGUAUAUUUGAGGCUAUCGGUUACCUAUGCAGGUUUAUCAGUGCGACCGAAACACCGAAUUGGACGAUGAAACCAUACGUGGGACAGAGCCUACUACUGCUCCUAGCGCCAGCCCUGUUCGCCGCAUCCGUGUACAUGAUUCUUGGACGUAUUAUUCGAAUGCUGAAUGCCGGUUCUAUCUCCCUAAUCCGCCCUUCAUGGUUGACCAAGAUCUUUGUGACCGGUGACGUGUUAUCCUUCUUGGUACAGAGUGGAGGAGGAGGCAUGUUAGCCAAAGCCAAUUCGCAAGAUUCAGUAAAGCUAGGCGAGAAUAUGAUCAUCGGUGGUCUAUUUAUCCAGAUCAUCUUCUUCGGGUUCUUCAUCGUCGUUUCGAUCGUCUUUCACCGUCGCAUGCUGUCUACGCCUAUGCAUCACAUGGUGGUCACUGAAGUUCCGUGGAACCAGUAUAUGAAGAUUCUGUAUACGGUCAGUAUUCUGAUUAUGAUCCGGUCUAUCUAUCGGGUUGCCGAGUACGUCCAAGGAAGUAGUGGAUAUCUGCAGAGCAAGGAGGCUUUCAUCUACGUGUUUGAUGCGGCCUUGAUGUUCGCCUGUUGCAUCAUUCUCAAUUGGUGGCACCCUAGCAAGAUCGUUUCUUGUAGAAGGAAGGUCGAAAAUAGUGGUGAUCAUGAGAUGUUGAAUAACACUCACUAUGAUAACACUCACAACCCUGAAUCCCAAGCGAUCAACACGUCGCGGGGCAAGGAGUCGCGUCAUGACGACACGCCUGACACGAGAUCCGUACAGUCUCCUAUUUCGAACCAGUUUGGCCCCACGAGCGAAAAGCAUGAGGGUGAGGAACAGUCCACUACGACGGAACAAGUGCAUAACGACCCGAGUAAAUCACCAGAGGAGAAGAGAAAGAAUGUCGAACAAGCAGGACGCAGGCCGAUGGGGCCUGAGGACGAGAAAUAG